GCGUCGAUAAAAUUCUGUAUUUGACACAGGCAGGCAGGUUCGGUCUCGCGCGGUCCGCAGAAAAGUGUCCAAAAUUACUUAGAUAUCCGUUCCGGCGACGGCCGAAAUAGUGCACAUCCGGCGCGGUACAUGGUGGCGAUCCGUUUGCACAUAUUUUCCUACCCCGCACGUUUCCAAUUGACGGUGAAAAGUGACCGCAAAGUUUGUUCGAGUUGAGAUCCCCCGCCGCAAAGCAGUUGUCUCGUCGCGUAUCGUUUGCGUGCAUUGCGAGGAAGGCGAAGGAAAAAAGGUCGCCAUGACAGUCGUCGGGUCGGCUCGAUCUCAACUCAGCGGCAGCCUCUAGGAAAAGAAAUUUUUCCAACGAAACGCGGGCCUGUGCUGUGUGUGAUUUUAAGUUUUAUGGGUGAUUUUACAAGUAGAAUUUUUUGAGCAGUUUGAAAGAAGAAAAAAGCCAAACGAUUGUUCGAGAGUUUUUCCUGUUUUAUUUCAAUUAGUUAGCUUUUAGUGGAUCUAUAGUGCGAAUGAAGUAAUUGUUGAGUAAGGGAAAGGAAUGGAAGAUUGUUAAACCAUUUGUUCCCUUUGAAUUGAUCGGACUGCCCGGUCUCUUUUCUACUGCAACUGCCAGCUAGUGUUAGAGCGAGCAAGAGCUCGAAAGGCAGCAAGUCGAAAAAAUGUCAGUCAUAAUUGGAAGAUAGAAAACUAGCUCCUUCUGUUUCACAAACUGUGUUCUUUUAACGAUUUUGAUCAGUCAUACCCCUACCAUUUUUGUUGAUUAUUUUUAAAGGAGCAAAACUUACGGUUAGCUGUGCAAGUGUUGCAAUCGCCGUACCGUGCGCUCACUGUUGCUCAUAAUCAAUGCCACCGAAAGGGGUGUUUGUCGUAACUUGCCAAAUAUCUGCCGAAGAUCUAGUGGCAAUGCUGUUGGCGGCACCCUUUGAACGUAAUCAUCAGAAGUAAUAACACCCAAAGAAGUUCCGUCUGAGGCAGGACCUACUAAUCAGUCGCAACCGAACUAACAGUAAAGAAGCCUUUUAGAAUCGUAGCCUAGUCACACAAGUAGUACUACCCUCUGAGUAUACUGAUUGCGCCCAUGAAUAAAUUUUGGGUGCUGACCAAUUUGAUUCAAAAUUCAAACGUGUAUCCACUACCUAAAGUUGAGCAUCCGCACCAUCAGCAGUCGGAUCAGCAGCAGCAUCCUACGUCGUCUCAACACCAGCAGCAACAACAGCAACAUCAACAGCCGCCUCCGUCCCACCAGCCGCCAUCAUCGACAACGUCGUCUAAGGGUGGAGGAAGCCGUCAUCCACCCGGUGGAAAUCACGCACUCGGACCUGCACCAGGAUUAUAUCAUAAUCCGGGUGGCGUUCCCGGUCCAACGCCACCCAGUGCCAGCUCGGCACCAACUGUACCUACAUCGGCCAUAGGAUCGACGCACUUAACGAAUCUCUCCGGGCCUGCUACUAGUGCGCACAGUAGCAGAGGCAGCAGUAACCAUCCAGCGCCUCCACCUGGAGCACAUCUGCAGCAACUCAACGGAGGGGUUCCGACGGAUCAUACUAAGCCCCAGUAUUUAGGUAACAUGCAGGUCCAUCCGGCGCACAGUGGUAGCGGACACCAUCCGCCUCCACCACCCACGCAGGGUCCACCACAAUCCGCACACCCGCCGCCACCGCAACCGAUCUCGAUUGUGAAGCCGGAGUUCAAGGUGCCCUCCAUACCGGCCCACUUAAUGGAUGUGCGCGGUCCGGACGGUUCGAUCGUUAAGAUCAACAUGCCGGAGCCUCACGAUCCGAGCAAACCACCCAACAAUGUAGAAAUGUUGAAAGUCAACAUCGAGGAUCUCAGUCAAUUUCUUUCGUACCAUGAAGUCUUCGGAAAACUACCUUCCGAUAUGCUAACGGGCCCAUCCGCUAGUCUUGUGCCAUCAUCCGCUACCAAUACUGCGACGACCAGUGGCGGUCAUAGUAAUGGUAAAUUAAACCACAUUCGCCAGCAGCAUCCGCAGGGGGAAUCGCCGUUCAAGUGCAGUUACUGCGCGAAAAGCUUCACCAGGAAGGAGCAUCUGACUAACCACGUGCGUCAGCACACCGGAGAAUCACCGUACCGCUGUCCCUACUGUGGCAAAACUUUUACCCGAAAGGAACAUCUCACGAAUCACGUAAGAUUGCACACGGGAGAAACCCCCUACCAGUGCACAUACUGCGGGAAGAAAUUCACCAGAAAAGAACACCUUACCAAUCAUGUCAGGUUACACACCGGAGAGACCCCGUUCCAGUGCACUUAUUGCGAGAAGAAGUUUACGCGAAAAGAGCAUUUGACAAAUCACACGAGGUUACACACUGGCGAAACGCCGUUCCAGUGCUCCUACUGUCAGAAGAAAUUCACCCGCAAAGAGCAUUUAACGAACCAUGUCAGAUUACAUACUGGAGAAACCCCCUUUCAGUGUACCUAUUGCGAAAAGAAAUUCACGCGCAAAGAGCAUUUAACGAAUCAUGUCAGAAUACACACUGGCGAGACUCCGUACCGGUGCACGUAUUGUGAGAAGAAAUUUACCAGAAAAGAGCGUUUGACGUAUCACAUAAGAUGGCACACCGGAGAGACUCCUUAUCAUUGCACAUAUUGCGAGAAAAAAUUCGCACGAAAAGAACAUUUAACGAAUCAUGUCAGAUUGCACACCGGUGAGACGCCCUAUCACUGUACCUAUUGCGAGAAAAAAUUUACCCGCAAAGAGCAUUUAACGAACCAUGUCAGAUUGCACACUGGAGAGACUCCCUAUCAGUGCACAUAUUGCGAGAAGAAAUUCAGUAGAAGAGAGCGUUUAACGAUUCACACAAGAAUACAUACCGGAGAGACCCCUUAUAGAUGCACAUAUUGUGAUAAGAAAUUUACCAGAAAAGAGCGUUUAACGUAUCACAUAAGAUUACAUACCGGAGAGACCCCCUAUCAGUGUACCUAUUGCGAGAAAAAAUUCACGCGAAAAGAACAUUUAACAAAUCAUGUCAGAUUGCACACCGGAGAAACACCCUAUCAGUGCACUUAUUGCGAGAAGAAAUUCACUCGAAAAGAACACUUAACAAAUCACACAAGAUUGCACACUGGCGAGACUCCCUAUCAUUGCACAUAUUGCGAGAAGAAAUUUAUGCGAAAAGAACACUUGAAAAACCAUGUCAGAUUGCAUACCGGAGAAACUCCCUAUCAAUGUACGUACUGCCAGAAGAAGUUUACGCGAAAAGAGCAUUUAACGAAUCACACCAGAUUACACACCGGCGAAACUCCCUACCAUUGCACUUACUGUUCGAAGAAGUUCGCUCGUAAAGAACAUCUCACAAAUCAUAUCAGAUUACACACUGGCGAGACUCCUUACCAAUGCACGUACUGUUCGAAGAAGUUCACUCGAAAAGAACAUCUCACAAAUCAUCUCAGGUUGCACACCGGCGAAACUCCUUACCAGUGUAACUUUUGCCAAAAGAAGUUUACGAGAAAAGAACACCUAACGAACCAUGUCAGAUUACACACGGGCGAGACUCCUUAUCAGUGCUCGUAUUGCCAGAAGAAGUUUACGAGAAAAGAGCACUUGACCAAUCACACCAGAUUGCACACCGGAGAGACUCCUUAUCAUUGCACCUAUUGCGAGAAGAAAUUUAUGAGAAAAGAGCAUUUAACGAACCAUGUCAGAUUGCACACCGGAGAAACUCCAUAUCAGUGCACAUAUUGCGGGAAGAAAUUCACCCGAAAAGAGCAUUUAACCAAUCACAUCAGAUUGCAUACCGGAGAGUCUCCUUAUCGGUGUGAGUACUGUAACAAGUCAUUCACCAGAAAAGAACACCUCAAGAAUCACGUCAGGCUUCACACCGGUGAUUCGCCGCACAAAUGCGAGUACUGCAACAAAACGUUUACGCGCAAGGAGCAUCUCAACAAUCACAUGCGCCAGCACAGCGGAGAUAAUCCUCAUUGCUGCAAUGUGUGCAACAAGACCUUCACCCGCAAGGAGCAUCUGAUCAAUCAUAUGAGUCGGUCACACACCGGCGAACGUCCGUUCCAGUGCGAUGAAUGCGGAAAGUCGUUCCCACUGAAGGGCAAUCUGUUGUUCCACGCGCGCAGCCACACCAAGGGGCAGCCGAUGGAGCGGCCGUUCCGUUGUGAUAUGUGCCCGAAAGACUUCAUCUGCAAGGGACACUUGGUGUCCCACCAGCGAUCUCAUACCGGGGAGAAAAAUCAUCACUGCCCGCAGUGCAGCAAGUCGUACGUUGAGCGUGGCAACAUGCUGCGGCAUAUGAAGAAAACGCACCCGGACGCGGUUAUACCUGUGCUGCCCAAGCUGCCGCACAUCAAGGUGGAACCGAAGUCCACCGGUGAGUACUUAUCUCAGCCAACGUCGGUGGUGACGUCCCCGGCUCAGGCCACCUCCACAAUCACAUCGAUCAUCUCCAAUACUCAUCCAUCGCAGCAUCAUCACAUUCAACCGAAAAUGGAACAGAAAUCUCAGAUACAUCAUCUUCCGAUUCCCCAUCAGCAUCAGGCUCACCAGCUGCACCACCACAUCUCGGCCCCGAUGCAUCUGCCCCCACCAAACCCCCAACAAUUGGCAGCACUCGCCCUCCAUCAUCAAGUGGCCCAACAGCAGCAGCAGCAACAACAAUCCUCACCCUCAACGGGCCGAGCACAGCCUUCUCCUCGUACAUCACUUCCGCCGCCGCCGCAGCAGCAGCAGCAUCCGGUGCAACAGCCGGGACCGCCCCAGGUCCCCCCGGGCCCCCCGGAAAACCAACAACAGCCGCAGCAGCAGCCGGUCCCGGGCCCAACUGGACCCCUGCCACCACAACACCAUACGGUCCCGGUUACUAUUAUAACCCACGCUGGCACAAUUAAUCCGAUGCCAGAUGGACUCAACAAUCGGGUCGGUACGAUCCAGAUGCACCACCUGAAUGCGGCUCAGUCGGAGGAGCACUCGGUGGUUUACUGAAAUGACCUCGAUGCAGCAGCCACCACCACCAAUGCCGUCUUUUACAACGGACCUGCAGAAAACGGAACGUUGAAACGAUUGUAGAAUGGAGAACAGAAAACACAAGCACCUGGACACAAUAGGAUAUGUUGUAGCCCACAACAACACAAACAGCCACAAUCUGGAGGGUGAAGUACAGAUAUGCAAUUAGUAGUUUUUAACGUUAUAGGACGAACCUUAUUCGUAAACAGUAAUAUACAUAGAGGAACCAUGUAUGCGACAACUAAAAAGUACUAAAAAAGCAAAGUAUGUAACUAUGCGAUUGUAUAUACAAAACACAUACAAAAGGAAAAUAAAACAAUAACGGGAAAAAUAAAGCAUAAAUCGAUAUCAAAUAUCGAUGCAAAACUAACUACAAGUAAUAAAUAAAAAUAUUACCACAGCAAGUUGGACACAAAACACAAACUAAUAGUAAUUUAGAGAAAGAAAAAAAAACAGAAAGUAAUCUAAAUUGGAAUAUGAACUUUAUUGAUUGUAACGAUAGAAAAAAAGCAAAAUAACAGGCAACCCACUAAUCUGACACAAAACAGACUGUUCGAAACGCUCUUUUUUGUUCGAGAUAGGUGGCAAACAGUGCAGCCGGAGACGUGAUAGAGAGAGAGAGAGAGAG